AAAAAAAGAUAAUUAAUUAAGGGAUUGAUUGAUUGAAUUAAAAAAAAUUAAUGGAAUGACCGGAUGAUGUGACGUAAUUAAGCUACAGUGAUGGACAGGAAGGUUCGAAGAAUAUAAUUACGGAAUAGGAUCAACGCGUCAGAAAAUCAACAAAAUUAAGUAUACGUCGUACUUAAUUCAUUUUAUAGUAGUCUAUUAUAUUAAGCUACACAAUAUUAAUUAAUUGUAAUUAAUUAACACGCAGUUUCAUUACACGAACACAUGAAAAUAUAUAGUACCAGCCAUCAUCCCUAUAUCCUGAGCCAUCCGACAGGUGAACACAGAGAUAACGCUACAAAACCUUACAAACUUUACCGAAACCCUGAAUAAACAAACAUUAAACAUUCCCCUGCGAUCUGUUAUAAGUAGAAAUUAUAAGCGUAAAAGCAUGAAAAAUCCUGACUACUUGAACGUCCUCAUGCGCAUAAGGACAGAGCCAAAGGAAUCAACCAAUCAGAACAGACCUUUCCCCUCCACUGGCCAAUCAGAACACAGCCUCGUCCCUCCGCUGAGCCGCACGCAAGGUCACGAACGCAGGAAUUUAUUGAUGUAUCGUCUGCUGGCUGCUGGAGGAGAGAGAGAAAGAGGAGAGAGAGAGAGAGGAAGAGGAGGAGGAGGACGAGUGUGCUAACAAUGAGAUUACCGUGAAGGUCAUCCAGGUACUACAGGUCAGCGGGGGGUCAUCAGGGCAACAGAGGUCAUCCUGGGGUUACCAUGGCCUCCAAGCCUAACCUGGUGCUGCUGGGGCAUGUGGACGAGCAGGUGACCUCGAGGCCUCAGCAGCUGGGUCUUGCCUGCACCGUCAGCAAAGUCGGGGGCACGCCAGACUGGUGCUUGAGUGGGUGUGAGACACCUUCAUGCAAGCGGUGUGGACGGAGGCAGUCGCUGGUGGUGCAGGUGUAUGCCCCCUUGGAUGGCAGCAUAUACCACCGCACACUGUUCCUCUUCGCCUGUGUCACCCAGGAGUGUUGGAACCGCUCACACAGUUGGACAUGCCUGCGGAGUCAGAUCGUCGACCCUUCAGCCGUUCGCACGUCUGCCCCAGCCCCCAAGUCACCCUCUUAUAGCAGUGAGGUGUGGUUUCAAGAUGAGCAGGACUGGGGCACAGGCAACGACAAUGAUGGAAAUGGAAACGCCGAUAAUUUUAACCUGGGGUCAUCGUCCUCACAGCUCUACCUAGACAACAUGGCCAAGACAACAACCAGUGGUGGAGGGAGUGGUGGUGGAGGGAGUGACAACCUCAAUAACAUGAACUCAAACACCACCUCCUCCAUCACAGACGUCGCACAAAAGAUGGAAAAUAAGCUUAAUAUCAUUGAGGAUGACGCUAAUGCUAAUGAGGCGCUAUGUGGGGCAGUGGGCAUAGUGGGGCGUGAGGGGGAGGGACUGGAGGCCUCGGCCGUAAUCGAGGGGCCAGAAGGGGACAUGAUUGCUGUGGACACCCCUGAGCAGCCCACCACAGACAUUCCUGCACUCUUUAAGGAGGCAGCCCAGGUUGAUGCCAAUGCAGAUGUCACUUUCUUUCCCUUCUACCUGGUGAGCGAGGUGGAACCACCUGAGGACCUGGCCUUCUCUGAGCAUGAGAGAGAGUUACUCGUCCACUACACCCACAACACCGGUCAUGAUUUCCGAGAGGAGGAGCUGGUUAGCAGUGGAGAAGGGAAGGGAGACGGCGUGUAUGAGAAGGAUGUGGCCAUCCAUGGAGAUGUCUUCCUUCACAAGUUCAAGAAGAGAAUCUCUAGAAGUCCACAGCAGGUGAUGAGAUACUGCCGGGAGGAAGGAGCUGCACCAUUGUGGCUGAGGCCCCCAGCCCCGGGUGAGGGGGCAGGGAAGUGUCAGCACUGUGGGGGAAGUACCAUCUUUGAGCUGCAACUGACGCCCCAGCUUCUCCUACACCUGCGUGUGGCAGGGGUGCAGGGAGUGCCGCUGGAGUUUGGUACUGUGGUUGUGUUCACAUGUGCUGCAUCCUGCUGGGAGGAAAAGGACUUGGUUAAAGAGGAGGUGUUGAUUGUCCAGUGUGAAGUGAUCUAAUGUUCUGGUCAAAUCCUUGUCAGGUCAAGCUUGCUCCACCCACCAACUACCAUCCAUGUGCAUCACAUGACAGGGAGCCAUAAUCACUCAGGCCUUCCCCAGUGAUUUGUUCUGCACCUCUGAGGCUUGUGUCACUGAUUCGUUUGGUUGGUCAGGUUCAGAUUGAUGACUGAUACAUAAAUAAUUGGUGCUUUAAAGUCCAGUUAAUAUUAUGCUUAUAAGAGAGAGUUUACAUUUGAUCUAUUUAAAAUAAUGAAUAAUUUUUACAUCUUUUGAAGCCAGGCCAAGCUGCUGGUAAAGCAGUAUUUCAAUAGCAUCUUAUAUGUUCUGCUGCAUCUAUGCAAGCUACUCUUGCUUACUUUUUACUGGAGAUAUAAAUAUUCUAUUUAAUGUUAGGGUCACAUAGGACAAAGUGAUGGAACAUUACCUGUGAACAACCAUUGUUGGAAACACUAAAAAUGACACACAAGGCAAACAUUUUCCAUUUAGCUUAAGUUUUAGUUCCAUUAUAUCAUUUUCAAUAAACAAUUUAUUUUGUUUACGUAAUACAUAUUUAUUUCAACUAGCCCACAAGUCACUAACACCACACGCACAUCCUUUCAUACUCUCUCACUCACCUUCCAUCCACUGUGCAAUACCUUCACUUGGAUACCUUCACCAUAUCAUCACAACCUCAGAGAUUCCCAUUUACUCCCACUACUCAGUGUAACAAACCCAUUUCUAUGUAUACUACUGCAAGAGGAGGCAGUGCAAUAGCCAUGUGAUACUGUAAAUUUGUGCCGUACUGAGUGACACUAUCAUUUGUCUCAUUGCUGAUACUCACUCUGAGAUUCUAAUUUCAAUAAUGUCUUCAUUGAGUGCAGCUUUUGUAUAUGUAAAUAUUUAAGUAUAUGAAGUAAGAGCAUGUGAUAGAUGAGGAGAAUUUUCAUGGAGAGUAAAGGUAGAACUUGAGUGAUAUUAUGAAGCCAAAUACAGUGAGCUUAAUACUAAAAUGAUUAAAGUUCCAUUAGACUUCUUAGAAGCAUAUUUCACUCAUGAUCUUCCAGUCCAAAAUUUCAUUGAUUGAGACAUCAAUCCAGUAAGUAUUGUCUUGGCAAACUCUACCAUGAAGCUCCUUUGAAAAUGACACACACACACACACACACACACACACACCAAAGACCACAGUAAUAGUUAAAAGUAGUGUACAAUUCAUGCAUCCCUUUAUCUUUUGGUUCACCUUCAGGUUAUGUUUACAUGCAAAAACUUGUUUUGGUAUAGUUCCUUUAACAGUUGUAUAUUUAUAACACCAAGAUAUGCCAAUAUAUAACAUGAAAACCUUUGCCUACUUGACUCCUCAUGACUAGAUCUCUUAUGUGUAUGUAUACUCUCACUUUUUCCAUCAAGGUUGUGGUCCCCCAGCAGACUGAGGUAGUCAGGGCUUUGCCUUAUAACAAAACACAUCCUACAAUUAGGUUUGCAUGGUUAUCACUUUUGCUGAUGAGUUGCUCCCUCUAGACAGUCAGUUGAGUGGUAGUUUUGUUGUGAUUGACAAAUCCAGCCGUAUUGUAAAAAAAAAUUCUGUGAACAGCAUAUGAUUUCAUCCUGACCUUGUCAAGUGGGAUUGCUGUUAUGUCAGAUGAGGUCUCUUGUGGCUGAAUCAUAUUUUAAAUGUAGUUGAAAUCUUUGAGAACACAGAAAAGAGUCAAGAGUUUAGCAAGCACACUUUGUGCACUAUUUAAAGUCCACUUUGAGCAAGAAGUAUUAGAAGUUCUAGAUAUAUUGCUCUAUUAGGGAUUACAGAUUUAAAGCUUUUCCUGUUUCACACUCAUUACAAGUACAUGGGGUCACAGUCUGACUCGCCUAAACCAUUAAGUCCAUAAGUCACAAAGUUAUACAAAGCAUGCAGUUCAAUCCCACCAGACGCUGGCUUCUUAGGCACUCCAAGUUAACAACAGACACACUUGGAGCUGCUAAUCUCAUAGUUCUUGUCUGCCCGUUCCAUUUAUUUUCAAAAGAUAUCAGACAAGCAUCUGUUUGUCUUAGUAUUGACUGUUUGUGUCUGGGGGAUCAGUGUGGGCUACUUCACAACCAUCCAUUUCCUUCUCUGCCAUUAUAAGCUUUCUUAGGGAUAGUAGUUGUAGCUUAGCUUUGCUCUGAAAGUGCUCUGAAAGUGCAAGAUAGCAAGAAGAGAGAAUGAGUGCACACUUCCCCAUACUAGUAAUGUACUAAGUGUUUUCUUCUCUUUCAUUCCUUAUACUGUACAUUUUAACAUUUUGAUGUACACCAUGAGGACUUGCGAUGAGUUCCUUAUGAACUUAGUGAGUGUUCGAUUCUCAGCAAGUGAAAGAUGGCAGCUUGUCUCUGUGAAAGGUUGUGAGGAAAGGCACUGAAGGCAAACAAACAUACAUGCAUUGUAAGCAUAAUCUUGUCUAUAGUGUGCAGUGGUGUGACAACAAAGUGGAGACGCUGCCUUUUAAUAAUUAAUCAAGGCUUGAGAAAUGCCAAGCCAAGUUUCCUUAAAAAUCAAACAACAUUGCUCACUGCCUAGAAAAUGGAAUGAAAGAAAAUCCCACAGGUUUGCUGCUUCGUGUUUAGCAUUUUUUUAUUGAUAUUAUUAAAUGAGCUGAAGUGAAACCAAUGGACUGACUGAACAUGAAAACUAGUACUUCACCUGCUCAUGAUGAUAUUUGCAAUCACAAAGUGUACAAAUUAUAAAUUCACAUUUUUUUUGUAAAGCAACAAAAUUUAUUGUGGGAUGCAUCAUGACUUAUGUACUGUGUGUGUGUGUGUGUGUGUGUGUGUUAUAUUUACCUAUUUGUAGUCUACUGGGCCCGAGCUAACCUCUAAUAGUCCCGUCUCCAUAUCUAAAUUCAUCCAGCCUUUCCUUCAUUUGUUAGACACUGUUUGCCUCCACCACCUCUUCCUGCAAGCUGUUCCAUGUGUUAAGACUUCUAUGUGGAAAACUAUACUUUUUUAAGUCACUCAAACAGUUUCCUUUAUUAAGUUUCUUUCUACAUCCUCUCAGCCCCUGCAUUCUUGCAGUUAAGAAGAGAUCAUCUCUAUCCACCUCAUCAAACUUAUUUACCAACUUAUACAGCAUGAUGAGAUCCCCUCUCUCCCUUCUUUGUUCCAGUGUCGUCAAGUCCAACUCCUUCAAUCUGUCUUCAUACAGCAUAUUCGAGAGUUCUGGGACCAUUUUAGUUACAAUUCUCUGUAUCCUUUCUAACUUUCCGAUAUCCUACUUUUUGUGAGGCGACCACACACCUGCAGCAUAUUCAAGCUGUGUGUGUGUGUGUGUGUGUGUGUGUGUGUGUGUGUGUGUGUGUGUGUGUGUGUGUAUUUACCUAGUUGUGAAAUACAGGAAAAGAGCCGUUUUUGUGUGUGUGAGAGAGAGAGAGAGAGAGAGAGAGAGAGAGAGAGAGAGAGAGAGAGAGAGAGAGAGAGAGAGAGAGAGAGA